UUCUUCAUCCACAUCCUCAUGUCCGCUCGGAUCUCUCCGAACUGCAUAUCUGACAAACCGUAAAAACCGAACAGGACCCUAGAUCGAAAGACAUUUGACCGUUGCCUUUGAAUCUCAACACACGUGAAGUCCAGCGCACAUACAUAUGUAUAUAUAUUCCUUCCAUUUCGGCAACAAUGGCACCCAUUCGAAGUGGCGCUUCGUCUCCAACAUUCACUUCCCAAAGGCCACCAAUGGAACCUAUUCAUCCUUAUAAAAGCAAAUCCAAUUCCGCCAGGACCGCCACAAGGGACAAAGCUAUAUUAUCAACCAGUCCAGUCGACGUUCAACAACAAUGGCAGGUUCAUCUUUACCCCCUUCCAGAUCCUCUUCUUUGGCAAAUACUUCAGUCUCGCAAGAGGAAUUCAACGUGUUCCACGCCAUCGACCGCAAACUCUUCAGCCGCUUGGUCUUUAACCUAGGCCGUGACCCCGCGGAGGCCACCCAAAUCAUGGCGCUCUGGCUCUGGCUCGAGAUGGUAGACAAGGAAAUCGACAUGGUGUAUUCCAAACUGUUGUCCUUGCCCGACACCUUACUCAACGAACUUGUCGAAGAGUCGGUCGUGGCCUUAGCUUGCAUAGAGAGCAACAUAUUCCCUUUCGCUUCCGAGAGUGUUGACAGUAUCCCUCUGAUAAAGAACUUAACAAAAACAGGGGUCUCUCUCCGCUUCUUCCAUGACAAUCGCAUUGGAAUUAUUCAAGAAGUCACCAAGAUUACCAACGAGGUCUGCCUGAGAGCGUUCGAGGACAUAGUCAAACUCGCACAGGGAAUAAGCGAAAACAAUACCGGGAUUGGAGGCGAGUUGGGUCAUUUUGGAAAGGGAGCACAGAACUUUAAGCCCUUUAACUUUUACGGUUCAACCAUGAACCCUUUUUUGCCUGUUUGGAAUUACAAUUCUAGUUCUGGGAUUCGUCAUCCUCACAUGGGGGCUCUGCCAUACUUGCCUCUUCAUGUCAGUGGAGGAGUACCUUCGGAGACUUCACAGGAUUUUGAUCCUUAUGAUCUUUCGGUGCAGAGGAAGUUUUUAAACAGCGAGAUGAUCAGUGAAGUUUUGAGCCAAAUAAAGUUGAGCACUGAUGAAGAAGAGAAAGAGAAAGACGUCCCACCAGAUGAGAGGACUAUUUUCUUGACAUUCUCCAAAGGUUACCCCAUUUCAGAAUACGAAAUCAGAGAGUUCUUCACCAGGAAAUUUGGAGAUUUUAUUGAAGCAAUCCAUAUGCAAGAAGUCCUUCUUCCAGUGAAGCAACCGCUCUAUGCCCGCCUUGUAGUUCGUUUAGCUUCCUCCAUUACAGAGGUCCUUGACGGCAAGAACAAAGCCAACUUCUCCAUCAACGGAAAGCAUGUGCGUGCACGUAAGUAUUUGCGUAAAAACCCCAGGUCGCCACAAAAAUCAUCUCCACCGUCGACGUCACGACCUACUUCACCAGAAAACAAAGCUUAGCUUUUGAGUUGAAAUGUUGUCAUUUGAUUGAGUGAAUGGUUUAUGUACGAUUUUUCCUAAUUUCAUGUUAAUGCUCUGUUAUCGGGAUAAGUACUACAUAAUCGACUUUGUAAUAUCUGGGACUUAUCUAUUUGUUUACAUGUAACACUUUGAUUUGACAUUUUUUAUAAGGGA